GUUGUUGUAGCGAUUAUUGUGUGUUGACAUACAGCGUGCUUGGCGACCCAGUACAAUUUUGUCACUGGAACGGUACGGAUACGAGUAACGGAAGUGCAGUGCAGUGAAAUUUUUAUUGUAUGAUAAAUAAUUUUUUUUUUUAUAUUCUCACAAGUCGCUGAAAUUGUUCGCUUAAGUUGAAGUGCUCUUUGUGAUUUGUAAUUAAUAAAAUUUUUUUUUAAUUUACUUCACAAUAAUUAGUGCAAAUAUAAAUAAAUCAUUAGAAAAAUGCCUGCCAAAGUGCAAACACCCACUCAGACGCAAAUUGCUGAACUACGAAAAUUAUUCAAUGAGAAAUAUGAACAAAGUCCACCCAAAGUGCCUUUCCAUCAUGCCGAUCUCCAGCGCAUACGCAACGCAGACAUAUGGCUAACACGUUUCCUUGAAAUGUACGACUUGGAUAUGCAAGUUUCGCUAGAUAAGCUCUGGGAUACGUGUAUAUGGCGCCAAGAGUACGGCACAAAUGAACUGAACGAAAAUAAUUUAGUGAAAGAAUACCUCAACGAUGGCGUAGUAUUUGCGCGCAACAAAGAUUUAGAUGGAAAAUCACUGCUCAUAUUCCGUACAAAAAUACACGUGAAAGGUACAAAGAAUAUGGAUGAAGUGAUACGCGUCGUUGUCUAUUGGAUCGAACGUAUACAGCGCGAAACGAAUUUAGAUCAAAUGACAAUCUUCUUCGAUAUGGCUGGCACUGGCGUAUCCAGUAUGGAUAUGGAUUUUGUCAAGCGCAUUAUCGAGACGUUCAAACUUUACUAUCCAAAUGCGCUAAAUUACAUAUUAAUUUACGAAAUGGCUUGGGUACUAAAUGCUGCUUUUAAAAUCAUAAAAGGUUUUCUGCCAGCCAAAGCCUUGGAAAUUCUCAAAAUGAUAUCGAAAAAGGAUAUAAAUCAGUAUAUUGAUAAAGCUAAUUGUCUUGCCAGUUGGGGUGGCAAUGACCUAUACGAAUUUAAAUUUGUGCCAGAAAAGUUACAGAGACCUACAACAUUGACUGUGAUAAGUAAUGGAUCAGUGCCAACGCCACCAGUCAGCCCAGAUACGCCAACUGGCUACGAAAAGAAGGUACACUUUGCCAACAAUAACCGAAUGUACGCAGGUUCAGAAAUGCCGGAAUGUGAGCGGGUAUAUCAAAACCAAGAUCCAGCAAGUACAAUGCUACGGAUUUCCCCAAACGAUAAUGUGUACUUCAAUCGGGGCGAAAAUAAUGAGAUUGUUGUAGAGCUCACAUGUAUCGGAAAGCAGCCCAUAACUUACAAGAUUCAAACCACAUCACCAGAGAAAUUUCGAGUGCGACCACGUUGUGGUUAUCUGGCACCGUCUGAGAAGGCGUUUGUAAAUAUUUUGUUGAAGCAGGACUAUCAUUUGGGUGAGUCACCGAAGGAUAAAUUUCUAGUUAUGUGCAUGCUAGCCCCUGUGGGUAUAGAACCAUCACAGCAAAGCAUGAGUGAGGCAUGGAAGAUGAAGCCUCAAGCGAGCAGUGAUAUAGAACAGCACCGUUUAACUUGCAAUUACAAAGGUAGCACAAGUGGCGCAAGUACCCCAUGUACAUGUGGCAGUCCAGAUGAAGGUUUUUCUUCUACCAAAGGCACCACGACUUCAGAUCUUUCUACCCAAGCCAAACUCUUAGAGAGCCAAUUGAGAUUUACACAAAUACUUCAAUGUAUUACGCUCGUAUUUUUACUCGGUUUAUGCGUUGCAGUAGUAUAUCUGUUGAAAACGCAACUCAAUCAAUUGAAUGCAUGUGUUGGCGAUGAAGAAUGCAGCGCUUCGACUGCUGGUGGACAUUGUCCGGGCAAAAAUCUAUAAUAUUUACUUUCAAAAUGCAAUUUGACCAAACAGCACCUGCUGGUGCACACUGCCGCUGAGAGGCUACG